AAAAAAAUGCUAUGAUAAUAUUUUUUUUUUACUUUAGUAUUUACACGUUAGUGUGUGUGUGUGUCUGCACUAACUUCGCUAGUGAAAAUACAUAAGGUUUCUCAUAAUAAAAUCAAAAGUAUACUCUUCGGGUUUUCUAUUAAAUGAACAAUAUCUCUCCGGGUUAAUCUCUCUUAAAAUAAAUGGGUCGAUAUAUCUAGUCCUGUUUCGAAUUUUAAACAUAUGCGAUGUAAUAUCAAAAAAUUCCUGACAACGACAUUUGUACGUUGCUAGAGUAUUUAAGGGACAUAAACCCUGAUGCUCCAGACAUGUUGGCAAAUGGAAAUCUUUGGUAGGAUCUAUACGCUGUAGUUUGUCAAACGUAAUGUAAUCGACACCAUCUUCAGUAGGAUAAAAAGGACAGUGUAAGAUUCAAAUCAGCUGUUUUCCCCCCCUCCCCCUCCCCCCUCGCCACCCCAUCAGCUGACCAGUGACGUCACUUGACCUCGUGACGUCAUCAGCAGCUGUUCAGUGACGUCAUUUGAGGCCUUUUCCUGCCUAAAUUUCCCGCCUAAAUUUCCCUCCAUUUUUCCUAACCUCAAAUAAGGAGUUCCCUCCAUUUUCUUCCCGCCAUAAGCGCAGGGGUGCGCGCACGCACACCCCCACCAAAAUUUCCCUCCAUUUUUUUUUUCUCUAUCCUCAAACUACUACUAUAGAAGAUUUUAGGCUAACCAACAAAUCUUUUUUCCCACCCCCCCCUGGCACAGGGGUGCGUGCUCCAAGUAUUGAUUUCACACACAGACAUCGAAUGCAGCCGCUCUUGGAACCACUCAAGGAUAUUACAAAUCUUAUUCUCAACCUUAGCGAUGACCAUACUUCGUCAACAUCAAUACAGCAUCAUCAGCAAUCACUAUAUCCUGAAACAAAUUACUUUCAUCAGCAACACUCUUCGUCUACACCGUUAUCUCAAUCCAGCCUUGGAAAACGGAAACACAGCUUUUCAUCAUCUACUACUACUACUUCUCUUCUACCUUCGAUUUUGGAGAAAAGUGACAGUGCAAAGGAGAGUGGAGGAGGAGGAGGAGGAGACAAUAACGAACAAGUGAAAAAGGAAGAGAAUAGGAGCGUGUCAGCUGCAGUUUCUUCAAUAAAGAGACGUUUAUUGCAAGACGAUGAUGAUGAUGUUGUUAAUAAAACUAGGGAGGAGGAGGAGGAGGAGGAGGAGGCGGAUGGAGAUGAGGAGGAGGAGGUGGAGGAUGAAGAAGAGGAUGAGAAUGAAGAGGAAGAGGAAACUACGUUACCUGUAUCACAAACGACACUAUCCGAAAAUACUAUAUUGGGCAGUUAUAUUUUGAGAUGGUUGAAAAAAGAAAAGGAGAUUGAUCAACAUUUUGGACCAAGAAUCAAACCAUUUAGUGGAAAAUAUUUUCUGGGUAGCAAAGUAAUGACAUUCGACAAUGAUGGUAGUGAAAUAAUUCUAAGUAAUCCUAAAAGAGAUGAACAAACUGGAGAAUUAGGUGUACGCAAGUUUCCAGUUACACAAGGACUUUGCGAGCUGAUUUUCAUGAAAAAUCCCUACAUAUUUCUAAUAACUGAAAAAGAUAAACGCAUUUACAGACGAAUUCUUAAUUGGACUAAUGUUUAUAGAAAAGGUUAUCGUACCAAUGGCAAAAUUGCUAAUUACAAUCAAAUCAAGUAUAAGUCAAUAAUUAAAAAAAUACUACAACUCGCCGAUGAAGCUACUCCAAAGAAACCAUCAACAACAACAGCUGAUGAUGAUGAUGACCUGCUAAAAAAAUCAUUAUCACCAGCAGCGGCUCGUACACCAUUGAUGCAGCAGCAGCAGCAAAAGAAAGUACAAGGUCGAGGAUUGAAAACUCUGUACAAUAUUGUUCCAGACAACAGUGACAAUAAUACAUUCAUCGACUACAUUUACUGGAAUAACCCUAAUGAGUUGGUUGAUAGGCUCCACCUGCUUGAUGAAUCACACGCAGUUGGCAAUACUGGUCAUCAAAACGAAAUCAAUAAUCUACACGUGCCUAUUGUCUCAUGAUCUACGAUGUAAUUAAAGAAUACCGCCCCUUAACUGGAACGGUUCAUUCGGUCUGAUAAAGUAGUAGUAAGAUUAAAAAACUUUUGAGAUUAUUUAAAAUAUAAUGUGAUUUGUAAACACAAACAAUGUAAUUUAAAAAAAAAAAAAAAAUUGUGUAACUUUGUGUUGCUAAUAAAAAAACAAAAAAGGCUAUAAAGCCGAAAAAUCUAAUUGUCUUUUUUUAUUUUUGUCUAACCAGCUAUUUAGUGUAUGAAAAGUAGAAGGAGGUAAAGUGUGUUCAAUUACAUUAUGAUGAAUCCUAUUAUCCAGGCCGCGCAUUAGUGAAAUUAGAAUAGUGGGGUUCAGUUCCAUUUCUAAGAUUUAUAAGAUCCCAAUCAGGGUAGCCUUCAGGCGUUAGAGGAUAGGGCACAUCCUCUUGGCGCUCUGGGAGUCGUGGGGGUAAUACGGGCAUGUUGCGGGUAUAAUCGUCAUCUUCUUCUUCAUAAUGGUGGAUCGGCUGUCUAUAGGAGGAGAAUGAGGUGUCAUUACUGUUAGGGCGGGAGGUGCUGCCGCGACGUCUAGG